AUGAGGCAGGACAAGCUGACCAGCUCCUUGAGACGAGGUGGGAGAUGCCUCAAGCGGCAGAGCGGGGGAGGCGUAGGCAACAUCCUCAGCAAUGUGCUCAAGAAACGGAGCUGUAUAUCCCGGACCGCACCUCGGCUGCUCUGCACCCUGGAGCCGGGUGAGGAUCCUGGGCUUCUCGUGCCCCUCACGUGCCCUGGCUCCCCUUUCCUUUCUCGGCUAGAGCCUCUGACACUCCGAGUCCCUGACCUCCCCCCACCCUCUAACACACCCGGAAUCCCCAAGUGCUCUCUUACCGCCGCUCAGACGAAAAGCACUCUCCGUGCCUACUUAGUGGCCCCCCAUAUGCCCUGGGUUUGGUUGACCUUGGCAGACCACUACUUACAUAGUAUAGCCAUCGAUUGGGAUAAAACCAUGCGCUUCACUUUCAAUGAAAGAAGUAACCCUGAUGACGAUUCCAUGGGAAUUCAGAUAGUAAAGGAUCUUCACCGAACAGGCUGCAGCUCUUACUGUGGCCAGGAAGCAGAGCAAGACAGAGUGGUGCUAAAGAGAGUUCUGCUGGCUUAUGCUCGAUGGAACAAGUCUGUUGGGUAUUGCCAAGGCUUUAAUAUCCUAGCUGCACUUAUCUUAGAAGUGAUGGAAGGCAAUGAAGGAGAUGCUCUAAAAAUCAUGAUUUACCUCAUUGAUAAGGUACUUCCAGAAAGCUACUUUGUUAAUAAUCUCUGGGCAUUAUCUGUGGACAUGGCAGUCUUCAGAGAUCUCUUGAGAAUGAAACUUCCUGAAUUAUCUCAGCAUCUGGAUACUCUUCAGAGAGCUUCAAACAGGGAAGGAGGAGGUGGAUAUGAACCUCCACUUACAAAUGUCUUCACCAUGCAGUGGUUCCUGACUCUCUUUGCCACAUGCCUUCCUAAUCACACAGUUUUAAAGAUCUGGGAUUCUGUCUUCUUUGAAGGUUCUGAAAUCAUACUGAGAGUAUCCCUGGCAAUCUGGGCAAAAUUAGGAGAACAGAUAGAAUGCUGUGAAACUGCUGAUGAAUUCUACAGUACCAUGGGAAGACUGACUCAGGAGAUGCUGGAGGACAAUCUAAUAGAGAGCAACGAACUCAUGCAGCACAUUUCACAUGCACUUUUAACAUUUCUUUCAGAUAAAGGACUAGUGACCAGUCUCCUCCCAUCUCAGGUAAACCAUUCUCCAGUCAUAAACCACCUUCUUUUGGGAAAGAAACUGAAAACCACGAACAGGGCAGCCAAAAAUGCGGUCAUCCACAUUCCCGGUCACACGGGGAGCAAACUCUCUCCUGUUCCCCACGAAGACCUUAAGACCAAGCUCAACUCUCCUUGGCGUACCCACAUCCGUGUUCACAGAAAGAACAUAGCCAGGACCAAGAGCCAGCUGGGCUGCGGGGACACCGUCGGGCUGAUCGAAGAGCAGAACGAAGGCUGUAAGACCAGCAGCGGGGGAGCAGAGGGACUGCCCCCUAGUGGCGCAGGGAAAGCCGGAAGAGACGCAGGGAAAGCGGGAAGAGACGGCGGCGGCUCUGAGGACAGCACCAGUAGAACAAUUGACGGACAGUCGCCCGAGCCUGUGUUUGGAGACCCCAGUGCAAACCUGGCAGAAGUGCAGCUGAAGUUGGAAGCCCUGGAACUUCAUGAAAGGAACGCUGCUGAAACGGAGCCCAGGGCAAAGAAGGCGUGCCCCCCGCAUGGGCCUGAGCCCCCGAUCCUGGCCAAGCCUCCCCAGGCCAGCUCUUCCAAAGCGCCUGGCUUCAGCCCCUUUCCCAGCGUCAAGCCCCUUCGGAAAUCCACCGCAGCCCGGAAUUUGGGAUUAUAUGGCCCCACAGAAAGAACCCCGACCGUCCACUUCCCCCAGAUGAGUAGGAGCUUCAGCAAAUCUUCCAGCGCCAAUAGCGGUACUAAGAAGCGAUGACACCCUAUUAAAACUAUAUCGUCCGGGUCUGUCUUUUUUAUAGUGUUGUGAGUGUUCGGUCUCACACUGUC